GGAGGAGAUGCGCGAGCUCUGCGGAGGAGCCGGGGGCGUCCUCCAGGGAUGUAGUCUGACUUGAACCAGCAUGUUCUAGAGGGGUCCCUCCACAGCAGCAAUGAAAAGCCUCGGGGCCAACCGAAGCCUCCAUUUGUCCGACUCCUGCGGGCCCACGGCGGGUCCCCAGGAGCCAAUUUGUCCCUUGACCCCAGACCCCCAUGCCACGUACCUGCUCAGCCCCACCAUCAACCAUUAUGGCACCCUGGACCCCCAUAUGCACCACUUCACCCCAACCAGCCCCGUUCCGGUCAGCCCUAUGGCUCUGCAGCCAGACUGUCUGGUGCCGCUGAACAACCAGCUGACCACAAGCAGCACCUUCCCUCGCUUCCAGUUCCCCACCCAGGCCGAGCAGAGCGAGUAUGCACAGCAACAGGGCUGCGUGGCUCAGACGGGCAGUCGAGCGGGCACUCUCACCACCUCCAUGUCUAUGGGAAUGGGCCUUGGCCUGGGCCUCGCAGCGCCCCCUAUGAUCAGCAGCGGCACGGCAACCAUCUCCUCGGCGGCAGCGGCCAAGAUGAACCGCCUCCCGGCCAGCCUGCUAGACCAACUGGAGCGGCACCUGCCCCUGCAGCGAGACGGCUUCAGCACGCUGCAGUUCCACCGGCGCAGUCGUGGCACCAAGCACGCUCGCAGCGAGAGCCCCGGCCGCAUCCGCAACCUGGUGCACUCUGUGCAGAAGCUGUUCGCCAAAUCCCAGUCCUUGGAGGGGUCGGCCGCCAAGGGCAGUGGCAGUCAGGGUGCAGACGGCACCAAGACAACCCGUCGCAGCAAAAGCAAAGACCGCGCCAAGACGGAGGGAACCAAGCGGCGACCGCGGCCCAACCUCUCAGGCUUCUGGAGCUCAGACGACGCACUGGAGGAUGAACCGACGAGCCCGCCAGCGUCCGGUCCGGUGGCCGUGGCCUACCGCAACCCCCUAAGCAUGAUGACACUGGGCCGGGCCAUAUCCGACAGCCAGGCACCCCCCAGGCACCACACGCUACAGGGCUACAACACAAUUGCCACCCACUCGCUCAAGUCCUCCAAGAGCAGCGGGGAUCUGAAGCCCCAGGCUGCCGUCACACUGUCGGUUGGGGCAGUGGUGCCCCCUGCUGCCGGCCAGCCAGCAGACACUGGCCUGGUCAAGAGAGGCUCAUGGUCCACACUAACACUCAGCCAGGCUAGACAGGUGUUGCAGAAGGGUACGGCCACCGUGAACCGUACGCUGCUCAAGUCCAAGUCCUACCACCAGGAGCUGACCUCCAACUUUCUACAGGUGCCUCUGGGAGACUGGAGCGGGACGAUGGGUCGCGGGGGCGCCGGAGGGCCAGGGGAGAUCCCGUGUAGAAGGAUGCGCAGCGGGAGCUACGUUAAAGCCAUGGGGGACAUGGAGGACAGCGAGGAAUCGGACAGCCCUCCCUCCCCCAAACCCUCUCCCAAAACAGCUGCCCGUCGCCAAAGCUACCUGAAGGCCACUCAGCAGUCCCUCAGCGAACAGCAACCACCCCCACCACCACGCAACUGCUUGCCGUCUCUGCGGGAGUUCUCGACCAACCGCAGCCUGGACAACCUGGACUGUCUGGUGGGUCAGAGUGACAUCCAGCACUGGGGGCCGGAAGGCAGGCUAGCUCAUGGCUGCUCCACCCUGGGCCGAAGCUCCGGCAUCAGCCAGGUGGAGCAGGGCUACAUAAGCACGACGGCGUAUGGUCAACUGGACUCACAGGCCGUGGAGGCUCUGGACCUGCCCACGCCCACCUGCUUCCGCUCACGCAGCCACAGCUACCUGCGGGCCAUUCAGGCCGGCUGCUCGCAGGACGAUGACACUGCCUCCCUGACCUCAGACGAGCCACCGACGCCACCUGCGACAACCAACACGAACAACUUUAAGAAGACUCCGCCCCCGGUUCCUCCACGCUCCGCCUCCAAGCCCCUCAUAGCGGUGACGGUUCAGAGCAGCACUGAGUCCGCUCAGGACACGUACCUAGACAGCCAGGACCAGCGCAGCGAGGCCAACAGCCAAUCAGGACGCAGCAACUCCUCUGACAGCGUCACCAGCUCCAGGACGGGGAGUCUGGCCAAGGGUGCUAAACGGCCGCCACUGCUGCCCCAGGCUCCGGUUCCGGCCCCCCGGGAGCCUCCCGUGCCCCUGCCCAGUGCAAGGGUCAGCAGCCCCCCUCCUCUGACCCCACUGCCUGUCCCAGAGGCCAAAACUGUAAGCAUCACUCUCACACCAGACGAGCCCCAAGCUCUGCCCAAGAGGAAACUCUCCUCCAUCGGCAUCCAGGUGGACUGUGUGCAGCCGGUGCUGAGAGAGGAGCAGACCCCCACCACCAGGUUCCAGUCCAUAGGCGUGCAGGUGGAGGACGGCAGGCCGCUCAGCCGCUUCAGCAGCAUGGCUUCCAGACAGGAGACCGACGCAGAGUCUCAGGACCAGUCGGAUGGUAAACAGAACAGCUCCGUCUGCUGCACCACUCAAACGCCAGAUUCGCUGGAGAGCGGCGCCGGCGACCGGACACAGAAACCCCUGAAAGCCAGCGCCAUCCGCUCCGGCUCGGGGUCCAUCCCGGAGAGUUUGGACCCAGCGCUGGACCCGUCCUCCCUGCCCCCUCCUGACCCGUCUCUGCAGAACAGCAGCAGCGCAGGGGCGAGCGGCAGCGUGAACGGAGCCGCAGAGCAGCCCGGGGCAGCGGCGGCGUGCCUCAGAGACGGCCACUGGUUCCUCAAACUUCUGCAAGCGGAAACGGGCCGCAUGGACGCCUGGUGCCAGCAGAUGGAGCAGGAGAGCAAAGAGAAGCAGCUCUCAGAAGAAGUCCUGGGGAAGAUCCGCAGUGCAGUGGGCAGCGCUCAGCUCCUCAUGUCUCAGAAAUUCCAGCAGUUCAGAGGCCUGUGUGAGCAGAACCUGGAUGUGAAUGCUCAGCCGCGCCCCACAGCUCAGGACCUGGCUGGAUUCUGGGACCUGCUGCAGCUCUCCAUAGAGGACAUCAGCAUGAAGUUCGACGAGCUCCACCUGCUCAAGUCCAACGACUGGAAACUGCCCGAGAGCAGCACCAAAAAGGAGGAAAAGAAGCAGCCGACGGCAACAACGCCGAAGAAAGUGCUGAAGCCCAAACCGGCCGCAGCGAAGGAGAAGAGCAGCGGAGAGUCGGCCGCGGACAAGCAGCGCCAGGAGGCCAGGAAGCGGCUGAUGGCCGCCAAGCGCGCAGUGUCCGAGCGGCAGAACUCCGCCACGGAGAGCGCCGACAGCAUCGAAAUCUACGUCCCUGAGGCCCAGACGCGGCUCUGAGACACACACACCCCUACGUCUGCCUCUGAGUGAAGGAACACAGGCCCACAUGGACACGCUGCGACACCCAUGUGGCGCCUCCUAGAGGCAGAAAGAAGGAGGUGUUUAAACAGAAAGGAGCACAGCAAAAAAUAAUUUAGAAAAGGAAGAAAAAGCAGACUGUGACAGAAGCCACAGAAGAACCUCCAUGCGACGUUUGUUACUGUCUUUGUUCUUGUUAUACUAAGUAUUAUUAUAACAAGCUGUAAUUAUCUCAUGGAAUAUAUCGAAACUUUUUUCUUUUGUCUGUAAAUUGUGUUAAUAUCUCGGACGGGGAGGCGACACAUCCCUCGUUGCGUGUGUAAGCGUGUAUGAGUGUGUGCAUUUUAAAGAAUCCGAAACCCUUUAGUCACUCCAUGCAAUUCAAGCCAGCCCCAUCAGCUACACUCGUUUUGAAUCGGCCACAGAAGCACGCACUCAGGAUUCUGCACGUGUGCACUUGUCAUUCUUUCAUCGACGCAGUCUUCCUCUUCUUUCCCUAUUAUUAUUAUUAUUAUUAUUAUUAUUAGUAUUAGUAUUAGUAUUAGUAUUAUUAUUAUUAUUUCCUUUGUCAGCCAGUCAGACCUUUUGGGAGUGUGCUUUAGGGCCAGGCAUACAACUCAAAGUUGCAUUUCAAUGAAACGUAGGAAUACCUGAAUGUUUUUGAAGGAUAUUUUCAUUGUUUCCUCAGUUUGAGGCUUUAGAGCUCUGUAGAUUAGCGAUACAGAAACGGUACGUCAGAUACUUGAAAACUCCUCUAGGACAGGACUAUUACAGUACACAGCAGUGGCUUUCACUCCUGGAAAACUUAAGUUCUCAGUCAAGCUCUUAUGCUGCGUUUACAUGUUGGGGUCGUUCCAUUCCUCGCUGCUUUAUGCGACCGACAGCAAUGCCAUGGUUACCGAGGCAUCGGUGAGAAUGAAUUAUUAUGAGAGGAGAGCUUCAGUGUCGGUUCUUUAUUUAUGCUCUUUGCUCUUUAAAGGGCCCAUAUCCUACAUUUCUGACUUUAUUUUUCCCUCAAUUUCCACUUAUGACAUUUGUGUGGUUUUAUGUAGCAAAACCAGUCAUUUUUUUAUAACUGACCAUUUUUCAGCCUCUUAGAACAGUCAAUUCUUUUAUAACUGACUAAUUUAGAAUUAAACAGGCUGUUUUUGUUACUGUAUCUUUAAAACUGAUAUGCAAAUUGUUGCUUUUUUCCGCCUUUCUUUGGGCCAAAAACCAGAAGUGCCACUUCAGACAGAUGUUUUUGGUGGCAUGAAAUUUCAGUGCAUCCCUGAAUGAAAAUGUGUUGGUUUUCUUGACAUCCCAAAAACAGUAGGUUCAAAACAGGCUCUUUUUUUGUCUUAGUUUUCAUAUAUGGACUGUAUGGAUUAGAGAGGGACCAGUAACAGUAGUGAAACUCUUACAUUCUUCGUCGGACUCUUAUUUCAAAAAAUUGAGGGGAAUAUUCAGUUUUCUAUGAUAUGGGCUCUUUAAAUUUUUUAGCAUACAGUACUGGAUGCAUCUAGGCUACAACGAUCCAACUAUUCAAAAAAAAGAAAAAAACAAAUCAGCACCAGGUGCGGUCGAACGCAAAAGUUGGGAAAACUGACCUUUUGAGGAAAUAUUCCGAUGACUGCUGCCGAUGGAGUUUUUCCGCUGCUGCUCCACCCAAAAUAACGAAAUAUCCGGUUCACCGUUGACCGCUUACCGUCAUUGUAAACGCAGCAUUAGUUUCUCAUGAGAGAAAGUAAAGGCUCAUACGUCAUUCCUGUUUUAUGUAUUUAUUUUUUUUAUGCCAUGUUUAUUUGUACGCAAGUGAUUUGAGUGCUUUGUGCACUUAGAACAGUGGGAGAUUCUGUGUUUCAGCUGUGAAACAUUAGAUUUCAUGCACUUCGCUCCAUUAAUGAGUUGCUCAGCCUUGUUAUGCACAUAUACAUGUACAAACAUGAAGUCUUUAAUUUGACUAUCCAUUUUUUAUGACCGGUAAAACAAAGCAGUGAUAAUCUAUGAAAAACAAUCGCUCGGAUCAACCAUUUCUUUACCUUUUUGUAGUUGUAGUUUUUAACGUUUAUGUACUUAGUUGACUUUCUGUCUGUUGUCAUCCCAUGAUUUCAUGUGUAUUUUGUCGCGCUGAUUCUCUGCUCUUGUGCUUCAUGAAUGUAGGUGUGCGAAACUGUUCUUGCCAGUUGAAUUGCAUGGGCAGUUUUGGCUGAGCUGGAUCAGCUGGGUCCCCACAAUGCUGAAACAUUCCUACAUACAGCGGCCCUUCGAGGUCAUCCCAGAUUUUCUCAUUUUUAUAUUGGAUAUUAAAAAAGAACACUUACUUUACCUGAUAUCCUGUGAUUGUGGAUUGAAGACAAGCCACUCGUUCUAACACGUUACAUUAUUUUAGUAGCUUAAGUGAAGUUAAUGUUGACUUCAGAAGCAGAACAUGUCCAGAAACCAUUGAGAUCAGACCCCAGUCCCUCCCGAAAUUGGUGGACAAAUCUGUUUAUAAGCCAUAGCUAUAAACUACUUUAAAUUUCAUCAUAUUUCAGAACCAAGGCAUUCGAUUUGCUGUCUUCAUAAUGGGAAUUAGGUAGCUACUGCAUGUUAUCCAUGACUGCUGAUACAAUUUCAUUACUCCGCUAGCUUGCCGUUUAGCAAGCUAAAGACUACCCAGCUCGCAGAAACAAAACAAAGGCAACACACAACGGUUCAAAAACAAAUUUUACAGCCAGGCGAAGCAGGUAUUCACGUUUGCAUGGCUAGCUUUAAACUACGCUGACGAUAACCUAGCUGAGGGCACAUGCAUUCCAGCUGAAUAAUCCGCUCCUCGCUGACCCCUCCUCCACUUGUCCUGUGAGUGGCCACUUGUGUAAUGUAGUUGUGACACACUUCCAAGUGGUGAGUGGAAGUUUGUGAGGGCGUGUUUAAAAAAAAAAGCAGAGGCCUCUGUUUUGUUCGGUAGCGUAACGCUUGCUGUUGGUCAGUCUUUUACACCAGAUGUCUUCACUGUGAGUUCGUUAUGGUGGUCCAUGAGUUAAGUUAUUACUGAAUGUCAUUUCAAAAGCAACAAGAGGCAAACAGGGGUGCACAGUACAUCAGCAGCUGAUAUGUGGUUCACAAAUUAAUAAGAAAACGUAAUUAUUAUUGGUGUAUCGAACUUGCAUCCCAUCAUUUGGCACCAUUUUUGCUCACAUCUACACUGAUGCAGUCACUGCACUUCGUAAAUGAGUAAUAGGGAUGUUUUAAAAUGUUAAAAAGCAAAGUUGUCGGGUAUCCAUAGCAGCCACACCAAGAUUAUCACUUCAUUUUUUUUCUAAAUUUCUGCAAAUUUCAAUGGUUGAGGUGUAAACAGGUUAUUCAGGCAGUUUUGAUGUGAAAUGGUUUAUUUGGGUGCUGUUUUGCUGUACAACACCCUGCAUGUACUGAUCCUCCAUGAUGUAAAAAACACAUUUUAGCCCAAAAGUUUACAUAAAACCUAUCAUAGAACAAUAUCUCAAAUCAGGCAACACCAUUUUAUGUAAUAACUUUGUGAGGAGCUUUUAGGCUCAUUAAACUCUUAAGACGUCUGGUUCCCAUCAGCACCACUGUGAACAAUUCUGACUCUGUACUUUUCUCUAUAACAGAGCGUUUCACACAAAAUCAGCCUGAAUGACUUUGUUCACAUCUUGAUCAUUCAGUUAUUCAAUUUUGGAAAAAUUUAACACUGUUGGCCCUGAAAUUCCAUGUCAAUGUGGGGGAAUUCUUAGUGACCUGCUGAAAAAACACUGCUAUUCAAUACUGAUAUCUUGACUUCAGUACUGAACACUGACCGAUUCUUUUUCAAAAGUGGGUGUGGCUUAAACCAGAAAUGAGGUGCUGGAUGUGAGUGUAUACAGAAGCACUGAUGUUAAUAGCAGUUAUACGGCUUGAACUUCAGCCAGCCAGUCAGCAGUCUAGAUUUUGAAAUGUAUGUUUAUUGGCUCAUUGAUGCUGAUAAGACAGUCUGACUGCUUAGAUGUUGAAAUUUGGUAUCAAAUGACAUGGGAUUUUAUUGGGAACUUACAAAAACUGAAUUUUGCCCGUAUCGGUAAAAUUCAAGAUGCAAAUUUAUAUAUAUUAUAUAUGUUAGGACCAUUAGAGACUUAGAAAACAGCAGUCAAAGUCCCACCUUUUACAAAGACAUCUUCAUACUCACACUCAUCUUCAUACUUCAUACAUGUCCACUCCUGCCAGAGCUCCUCUAGAACACUUCAUAAGGUAGAGGUAGAGCUGGACUGAGAAGAAGACGAGAAUGUUUUAAUAGGAAUGUCGCCGAUUUUCAGCUCAUUUUGAAAAAGUAGAUGCCCAGAAAAGACUAAUUUUAGUGAUCUUAACAACAAAUCCUUACAAAAAAUGUAAAGUAAUUUUGUAAUGAUUUAAAUGUGAAGUAAUUUUCCGUUUGUACUUUAAAUUGAAGUUUUGUGUGUAAAUUUGCAGACAGCCUUUUACAGAAAGAGCAGUAUGGUUCCACUCAGCAUUGAUGGCUUCAAACAGCUGAAAAACACUGCCGAGCUAGUUUUUGUUUAACGUGAGACCAAAUAUUCUCCAUAGCGUUUAGAUCUGGACUCUGACCAACCAAAACCAGCAGUAAAAAUCAUCAGUGUUUUGGGCUUUGCCCAUUUAUUUUGCAUGGGAAUGUAUAUAUAAAAAAAAUACUGAUAAUAAACAAAUUUCCUCAUGAGUAGGUUAUGGGGAAGUCAGGGAAGCCGAAGGUCCACAAGUUGCAACAUACAUGAAGUUAAAAAAUGGAAACAUCAAAUACAAUUUUUUCUCUAUUGAUCAACCAAAAGUUAUCCAAUGACGUUUUUUUUCUGCAGGAAAUGAUCUCGUUACUUAAAGGAUUUAAUUGCUUGAUAAAAACAAGCUGCUGGGCAGCAAAAAAAAAAUGAAUUUUUAAAAUAUUCUUUCAUUUUGUCGCUUGCAGUUUGCACAGAAUGUGGAAACACAGCUAAUGAGUUUGCUCCAUCUGGCAAAAACCUCUGCAGGAGGAACCAAAUGGUCAUAAAAAUGGACAGUAAACAUGAUUUAAACUUGAAUUAUUUAGCAAGACCAACCGUAGAGGAGCCUUGGGAGAUUUCAUACGGCUUCAGUGGCAAAUCCAUAUAAAUAAUGUGGAGUCUUCUGUUUGUUCAGCAUUACAUCACCUGAUAUUUUGGUUGAAAUGUCCAUCAAGAUCACUGCUAGUUUAGGGCCGCCAUGUCUACAAUUGAAAUUCAUUGAAACAUUGCCUUUGGUUACGCCUUCUUCAUCGAGUCUAGCCAGAGUUUUCUGUAAAAUUAGUGUAGUUUGAGUCCAUUAAAUCAAAAAAUUGGGCCUCGUUCACCAGCUGAACACCAAAUUCCUACACAAUUAUCACAAAGACUCACCACUGUUUUCUUAUUUGGGAUUUGUUUCUUAGGUAAGAAUAGAAUCUACUGAAGAGCACAAAGCUGCGAACAGUUCUGCGGUUUAAGAACACGUCAUGAAUCUGAUGCAGACUUUUUCUUACAUUUCUCAAGAACACAUUUAAGUAAAAACUUAGGAAGAUACUGGUGAAUGAGACCCAUUGUUAGGCCUUCCAGUCGUCAGGUGGUCAUCAGCAACUGGGAACUUGAUCACAUGAAUAAUUUGUGGCUUGCAGAAUCAUUAAAUUGGUAUAUUGUUUGCUAGCUUGGUUUACUGGAUGUAUUGGCAUGUGCAUGCAUCACAACUCAUAAACUGGAGGAACUUGUGAGAGUUUGCCGCUCUUAUUUACAACAUUGUCAGCUGUUUAAGUACAAUUUUCUUGUAAAAUUAGAAAUUAAGGACCAUCCAAGUGCGCCAUUAAUCAGAACUCUGGUGCUGUAAGAACAAGACCACCAAACAAGAUGGCGGACUGCUUGAGAAGCAGUUUUUAAAGCAGGAAAAAGACUUUUACCUGACUAGCUAUGCAUUGUUUCUGGCUGUUUCUCUCGCCUGAAGAUGAGAAACUGGUAGAAUUCAGCAUUGUUUGAAACAUGUUUGAAAUGGUAGUCUAUGAUUAAAAUGGCCUUCAGACCCAUAUUGGGGCCUCCUACUUGCAACAAUGUAAAGAUCCAUGACCCCCCCCAAUCCUUAGAAGUCUGGAGUUACUAUUGUUUUGCUAUAUGUUUGGUUUAAGUUGCAUAAUUAUUCAAAUGUACUUCUUUUGUUUCAAUGUGAAAAAUGACAGUUUGCAAAAAGGUAAAGAACAACCGGAACUUUGUCAAAUUUGAAUUGUAAAAUAUCUCCGACACAGUGGAACUGAUUAUAAACAUUUAAAAUCUGCACUUUCAGCAGAAUUCCUGCACUUUUUCACUGAGCUGUGAGUUAUUGCCGGCGAUAACUGCGACAUCUAAAGGCUAAAACACCUAAUUCAUCGUCUAGAAAGAGUAAUUAGAUUCUUAGUUAACGUUACUAUCGUACAGGCCAGUGAAAGAAAGUGAUGGAGGGCAUGUCCAUCAUUCAGUCACUGAGUUUCACUGUGCUGUGACAUAGUUACAAGUGAACUAGCUAGCAAACUUCAUCACAUGUGGCUCAUAUUGGAGACAAUAUGAGCGGCACCCACAUUUCAGAUUUAUCCUACAGUUCUUUUCUCCCCUUUUUGUACUGUAGAGUGAAAUAAGCAUUAGCUGUAAGGUGUGGUCACUUUACGGAUGUGUAUAGUUCUGUUGGAUUGUAAUACGCUGCCCACAGAAAGGACGUGUUUCACUGUCCAGAGAAAUAUUAAACUUUUUGUUUUUUACGUACAA